AUGGGGAAACCCAAGUGGAAACGUGACCGCUCCGCAUUUCUAGAUGAGGAUUGUGGUCAAAAUGCCCUUCAACUCGCAGCACGCGGCAGUACUAUUAUUGUGGAGAUAUUGCGACUCUCUGCACACAUACCGUUGGAGUUUAUUCGCCCUACAGAAACGGAGUACGCUGCUAUUAUUACGGACUUUAGUUACUUUAAAGCACAGGAUGAGUUUGAAAAGAAAAUUCAGAAUUCUGCUGAACUUUUACAUAAGGAUGAAGUCUUUUCUACAACUCAUAUGGAACUUCUUGAUCGUUUCUUUAAACUUUUUCGUGGUGUUUAUGGAUAUGUAAUGGAACUAAACCGAUUUAUCGAAGAGAUACGUGAAGGGAUGUAUAUUUCACAAACGUUGGAGUCUAUUUUAGUAAAUCUUGAUGGUAAACAACUUCUUUGUGAAAUUUUUCACUUAUAUGGUGUAAUGUUACUAUUAUUAGAUCACAAAAUUGGAGGUAAAACACGAGAAAAUCUUCUUGUGAGUUACAUUCGAUAUAAAGGAGCAGGAGAACCAAAUAUGGUGGAAGUAACAAAUUUAUGUCGUGCGACUGGAUAUGAAUAUGGACAAGCAAUACCCGAAUGUUAUCCAGUAUCAUAUUUUAAUCGUAUUCCUGUGGAUAAGGAAGUUAUUGGUAUGAUUAUUGGACGUAUUCGAUCUGAUGAUAUUUAUCAAAUGGCAUAUAAUUAUCCUGCCCCAGAGCAUCGAAGUGCAGCUUUAGCAUUACAAGGGGCAGCAUUAUAUGUAUUGUUAUUUUUUAGACCAGAAAUAUUACAUCAUGAAGGUCCAGUUAUGCGUGAAAUUGUUGAUAAACAUUUUGCAGAUAAUUGGGUAAUUAAUUACUAUAUGGGAUUUACAGUAGAUCUUACGAUUGCUUGGAAAGAUUUUAAAGCGGCAAGUGCUGCUAUAAGUGGAACCGUUGCUUUGGAAAAUGUUUCUUAUCAUCUACAGCGGAUGUGUAGUAGUAUCUCUACUCUUAAUACUUCUAUAGAAGAAGUUCUUAGAGAAGGUGUUUUAACAGAACAGUAUGUUUUGGAUAAUAUUCACUCCCUUUUAUUACCUCGUAUACGUGAAGCUAAUGUGGUACUUCGUUGGUUUAUUUUACAUACUACUUGGAGUGGAGCUUCAACUCCAAUGAUUGAGAAAUAUCGUCGUAGUUAUGAAAUUAUAAAAUCUGCUAUUACAAAUGAUGAUAUUAUUACACUUCUCUUACGUACAGCACAAUUAGAAUUUACCCUUCGAGCUAUGUUUACAUCACUUUUAAAAGAAAAACGUAUGAAAUGGGAAUCUUCACGUGAAGAAGGGGCAAUAAAAAUGUCAAAGUUAGCGACAUUUUUCUCUGGUGAACAUGUACUUAGUGAUAAUGUACGAGAUACACAGUUAGAAGCAUGGUUUACUGAAAUUUCAGAUCGUAUUAAUGGACUAGAAUAUAAAGAUAGUAUUACAGCAAGUAGAAAAAUUCAAAAAUUAAUGAAAGCUCUUGAAAAUGUUCAAGAAUUUCAUCAAAUUGAUAGUAAUUUACAAGUUGUUCAGUUUGUUCAAGAAACACAUUUUCUAUUGCGUCAAAUGAUACGUUAUAUCAAUAUUGAAAAUAAAGUAUUAAUUACGAUUGCUACGGUAGGAGAUUUAUCCUAUGCAUGGGAACUUAUGGCUACUUAUGGUUACUUUGUUCAAGGAAUUCAAAAGAAAAUUAAACAAAAUCCUGAAUUAGCAGUUCAAAUGCGUGCGGUAUUUGUAAAACUUGCAUCUUUAUUAGAAUUACCAUGUAAUCGUAUUGAUCAAGGAGCCCAAAAUGAUUCUCGUCUUUUAGCCGCUCUUGAAAGUACAUCUGAAUAUUAUUCUAGUGAAUUAGUGGCAUUUGCACGUCGUGUUCUUCAUGUAAUUCCAACAUCUAUUUUUCACGUACUUCGACAUAUUAUGACUAUAUUAACAAAUGGAUUAAUAGAAUGUCCAACAAAAUUACCUCGAAAAGAAUUAAAAAAUGAAAGUCAAUUAGAAAUAAGACAAAAACUUUCUGCUUUUACUGCAGAUAUUGCCAAAUAUGCAAGUGGUAUAUUAGCUAUGGAAAGUACACUUGUAGGAGUCAUUCAAGUAGAUUCUAAACAAUUAUUGGAAGAUGGAAUUCGAAGAGAACUUGUACAACAAAUUACACAUGAGUUACAUCAAUCAUUACUAUUUGAUCGAAAAAUUCCUCCUUCAGCAAAAUUAUUUGAUGAAGAAUUGGCUCAACUUGCCCGAAAAUUAAAUGGUAUUCGUGCUUCCUUUGAGUAUAUUCAAGAUUAUGUUAAUGUUCAUGGACUUCGUAUAUGGUUAGAAGAAUUUUCUCGUAUUGUUAAUUUUAAUAUUGAAAUGGAAUGCAAUGCUUUUAUGCAGAAAAAAUUAUAUCCAUGGAAGUCACAAUAUCAAUCCGAUAGUAUUCCUAUUCCUUACUUUAAACCUAUGAAAGAAACUUCAGUGUAUAGUUUUCUUGGAAGAAUAGUACAACAUUUACUCGCAAUGACAAAUCCAGCACGAUCUAUUUAUAUGUCAGCCUUUGGAUCAUGGUAUGAACGAGAUUCAUUGGAGGAAAUUGUUGGUACACGUACCUUUACAAGUAUUUGUAAUGCCAUUGGAUCUAUGGGUCUUAGUGCUUUGGAUAGACUCUUUUGUUUUAUACUCGCGAAAGAAUUGCAACUGGUGUUAAAAUCUAUUCGUGCUUCUGUUGAACAUGUGGAAGAAACUGUUACCCAAAUAGCUGAAGAAUUAUGUCCUGUUAGUGAUACACCACCAAAAGCUGUGCAAACAUACAAAAAAUUAAUAGAAAUACUGAAUGCUACUACUACUAAUACUAAUACUAAUACUACUGUGGAUGAUGAUAAUGUUGGUAAUAGUAAUAGUGGUGGUAAUCAUUUUUCAGAAGUGACAGAUAUUUUAGUACGUGUAGGGCGUAUUCAAAUCAUGCGCAGUAUGAUUGCUAAUGAAUUACGUUCAUUUUGUAAACUAAGUAGUGGUUCUCUUUUUGCUGCACUUUCUACGGCGAAUGAGGCACUGUUAACAGAUCUUCAUAAUCAUUAUCAUGACCCGGAUAAACAUCCAAUGCCUGGUGAUGUUAUUGCAGUCAUAUCACCAUUUCUUGAUUCUGUUGGUAUUAGUGAUGCCAAUACCAAAGUAUUUGUAACACCUAAACCAAUUCCCGUUAUCGUAUUUUUUCUACUUUCAUUAACAUUACGAAACUUACCGCGUAUGCAUUAUGAUGAACGUUUCGCAUCCACCACACCUGCUCAAACACGAGAAAACAUUGACCCAGAAGCUUUUGUACGGGGUCUCUCACUCUUGUUAAAGCAGUUUCACUCCGACCAAUUGGUACUCUUUAUGAGUCAUCUUUCCCAGGCUGUUCGAGUACGUGUCUGCGCUUUUGAGAACUCCAAGUCAAACUCAUCCCGUAAGGUUGAUGAAAUAUUACCUGUAGAGGCGGAAACACUUACACAUAUUAUUCACGGGUUGGCAGCAUCAUCCGGGGUUUCUGUUUUGGAUUUACACCGUACAUUGCCAGCCACACUCUGUGGACCAUUCCGUCUCUUUACACAACGGAAAAAGAAGUAA